UUGGUGUAUGAAGUGAGCCACACGGAGGGGGCUGCUCUCUGGUAAAAUUAACAUAGGGGUUUUUUCGCGUGAUUUACGGAUGUGUGUAGUUUCAUUUCUCACCCGAACUCGCUGUUGAUCUCGCAGAGACGCGCGUGCUCGUCUGUAACGGGUCGGUGAAGAGUCGGCCACUGUCAACAUUGAUUCAUGGACUCUGUACGGACUUCAGCUCAAUGCAAUUCUGUCAAGAGGUUGACACAAGGUUGACUCCAUUCAUUGAACAUUCAGAUUUGAGGGAACAUGAAGUUGUCUUUGCUCGGGAUGGGAUUCCUAAAGAUUGUGCUGCUCAUCUUUGAGGCUGUUUUACUGACCGACUGCGCAAGAGGCCCUCCGCGGGUGGCUGAGAAGGUCGUUCACAGACAGACAGCCCGCCUGGGGAGCGCCAUUAAGCUGCCAUGCCCCGUGGAAGGAGACCCUCCACCCCUCAUAAUGUGGACCAAGGAUGGACGCAACAUCCACAGCGGCUGGAUCCGUUUCCGUAUCCUCCGCCUUGGCCUGAAAAUCAAGGAGGUGGAAGCAGAGGAUACAGGGACCUAUAUCUGCAAAGCCACCAAUGGCUUCGGUAGCGUUAACAUCAACUACACGCUCAUCGUCAUUGAUGACUCCGGUUCUGACAAGACUGGACCAGAUGUGGCUGAUGGAUCAGAGCCUGAGCUGAGCCCCGAUGGCUUGUCAGGAAAACUAGUACGCCCCCGCUUCACCCAGCCUGCCAAAAUGAGGAAGAGGGUGAUAGCUCGUCCUGUGGGCAGCUCCGUUCGGCUCAAAUGCACGGCCAGUGGAAACCCUCGGCCAGAUAUUGUGUGGCUUAAGGACGACAGGCCACUGACAGAGCAGGAGGUCGGCGAGGGCCGUCAGAAGAAGUGGACUCUGAGUCUGAAGAACCUGACGCCAGAACACAGCGGCAGAUACACCUGCAGGGUCUCCAACCAUGCGGGGGAAAUCAAUGCCACGUACAAAGUUGAGGUCAUACAGAGGACAAACUCCAAGCCCAUCUUGACAGGCACUCACCCAGUCAACACUACGGUGGACUACGGAGGCACCACGUCCUUCCAGUGCAAAGUGAGGAGUGAUGUUAAGCCGGUCAUCCAGUGGCUCAAACGCGUGGAAUCUAACGAGGAAAGCCGCUACAACUCCACCAUUGAGGUGGGCGACCACCGUUUUGUGGUGCUGCCCACAGGGGAGGUGUGGUCACGGCCCGACGGCUCCUACCUCAACAAGCUGCUCAUUACCCGCGCCAAGGAGGAGGAUGCCGGCAUGUACAUCUGUUUAGGCGCUAACACCAUGGGCUACAGCUUCCGCAGCGCCUUCCUCACUGUGCUGCCAGACACCAAACCUCCCAUCACACCCAUCUUUGCGCCAGCCUCCAGCUCGCUGCCCUGGCCCGUCAUCAUCGGCAUCCCUGCAGGAGUGGUGUUCAUCUUCGGCACAGUGCUCCUGUGGUUCUGCCAGAGUAAAAAGCACUACUCCUCUCCCAGUGCUCCAGCUGUGGCUGCACAGGUCCUGCAGACGUCACACCGGCUGCCCUACCGAGAGCGGGACAGGGGCUGUGUUGCCCCGUCGUCCUCCUCCUCCAGCCCAGAUAAAGACUGCAUGAGCUCCAUAAACUAUGAGGAGUACCUAGCGCAGCAACAGCUCCUCCUCAGCCAAGGAGGGCCGACACUUCCCACCAAAAUCUACCCCAAAAUCUACACUGACAUUCACACACACACUCACUCCCAUGUGGACGGGAAAGUACAUCAGCAUCAACACAUCCAUUUUCAGUGUUAGCGUCAGUGCCAAACAUUUCCUCUGAACAGCUCCGGCAUCUCACAGGGACUACGAGCUGUGGACCAGACACCCAAGAACUUCUCUGCAGUGACAUUUUACCUGGCAUUGCUCUUUAAACGAUUGCAUAAUCUGUGCCAAACUCUUCUUAUAGCUGGACAUUAUGGAGAGUAUGUAUGCACAGUCUUGAGAUAAACAUAUCAGUGGUCAGUGAUAGAAAAGUUGGGUUAUGUCAUGCUGCCAUAUUUGGUGCUUUUUUUUUUUUUUUUUUUUUACCGGACUCUCACACCACUAAAAUCGAUUAAUCCUUGUUGUGCACUUAAUACACAAAGGCCAAGGAAUUCAUGUGUUGUGUGUGGGUUUAAUUGCAGCUUUUCAGGCUACCUGAAAGAAAGAGAGUCCUUCUUUUUGGUAAGGUUUUCUGUUUUCCCAUUUCUACUUGAGGUUUUGUUGAAAAAUGGAGGUUAGUUUUACCCUUCACUCUGUCAGCUGUAGAGCAGAGGCUCUGUGUGUUUUGUCUGGUCAUGAUGAAAAUGGUACUGAAGAUUUACAAAAGGGCUGGUUUUAUGCUCCUACUCAGGUUGUCCUUUUGUUUAUGUUUGGAAUGCACAUGCAUUUAAUGCUGACCACUAUCUUUUAUUUUACCCGUUUCCAUCCCAGACUUUUAUCCCUCCUUUAGUACUGCUCUACAAUAAACUGGUAAGCUUAAAAAACCUUUAUGAGGUACGCAAACCUUGCCUGAGACUGCAAGGGAUGGAAUAAUUGUGUGUCCAUGUUAAGUGUAUAAUUGGUCUUCAUUCUCAUUCAAACUUCUGUGUAGGUUCCCACCACUAGUCAGUAGCACGUAGAGCUAAAAUAUGUUCCAACACUACCCAUACCAGUGAUGACAAAACAAAAAUGAGUAUUUUGGACUGCAACCAUAUCCAACCAUAAGUAAUGAAGCUGUAACCGUUUAUAUUCAAACUGAGUCAUGAAUAUUUAAUUUAUUUUGUUAAGAAAAUGUAUCAAAUGUUUAUUUUUCAGAGUAAGGCGUUUUACAUAUCUAUGAAGUUUAUUAAAGUAUACUGUAGUCAUGUAUAGUCCAUUUUUGAGUACUUUGUCACCCAGGUUAAUCACAUUUAGUUCAUGCAAAUAUGUAGGCAACGCUGUAUUUGUAAUUGGUUAUAUUUGACAAUCCUGUAUGAUACUCUCUUCAAGGUUCAAAAACUAAAUCAUCCAGAGUUUGGUGAUUUAGUAGUUUGAUUAAAUGACUUGAAAC